AUGCACCUGGAGAAACUCUGGCAGUUCCUCUGCAUUCCCACUCAGUUACAGAGAACAGAAAUUUUGAGUAUUAACAAUCAAAACUCAUUAUUUCCUUUUUACACAGUGAAUGAUCUCGGAGGUGAUUUCAAGGGAUAUGGCAAGAGCUCCUCAGCUGCUGACAAGGUUGUCAGUGAAAUCAGAGCAAAUGGCGGGAAAGCAGUACCCAAUUAUGAUUCAGUGGAAGACGGUGAAAAGCUUGUGAAGUCAGCACUUGAGGCUUUUGGGAGGAUAGAUAUUGUUAUAAACAAUGCUGGAAUUCUAAGAGACCGUUCAUUUGUUCGGAUAAGUGAUGAAGACUGGGAUAUUAUUCAUAGAAUUCAUUUGAGGGGAUCAUUCCUGGUCACUCGAGCUGCAUGGAAUCAUAUGAAAAAUCAGAAAUAUGGCAGAAUAAUUAUGACUUCUUCAGCUGCUGGAAUAUAUGGAAACUUUGGUCAGGCCAACUACAGUGCUGCAAAACUUGGCCUUUUGGGUCUGUCAAACACGAUUGCAAUUGAAGGCCGAAAGUAUAACAUCCACUGCAACACCAUUGCACCCACUGCUGGGUCCAGAUUGACCCAGACUGUCAUGCCACAAGAUCUCAUUGAUGCAUUCAAACCAGAAUAUGUUGCUCCCUUAGUUCUUUGGCUUUGCCAUGACACCUGUAUGGAGAAUGGCAGUCUAUUUGAGGCGGUGGAGGCGCGGGUUCUCCCGCUGGAUUCCGGUGCGGGGGAGGCGCGGCCAAAGCUGCGCAGAGGUGACCGCCGUCACUCCUGCUGCCAAAAGAGAGCAGGAUCCUUACGGCGGGUUGCCCAGGAAGGCAUCCGUAUGGGCCCUGAGUAUCUGUAG